UCAUUUUCAUCGCUUAAAUUUCUUGAGUUUUUGUGCUGCUGCUAGAAAAUUUGUGAAAAAUAUUAUACAAAAAAAAAAGAAAAUAGGAAAAAAUUUAAAAAAUACAUAAAAUUAUUAAAGAAAAUAACAACAGCAUAAAUCAAACCAAAAAAUAAAAUCAUAAGAAAAAUUUAUAAAGCAAAGCUUAAAAAUUUUAAAUCAAUUUUUAAUUUUUCUUAUACAUAACACAAAUUGUGCAAAUAAUAAGCAAAAAAAUAAAAAUAACUGGAAAGAAAAAAUAAUAAAGCAACUUGAACAGCAAAAAAAUCGUAGUGAUGGCGAAAAAAUUGAUAUAAUAUGCCACUUAGGAAUGACAAUAUAAUGCCAUAUAAAUUUUUAAAAUUACACACAGAAAAAUGGAAACAAUAUCCAAGAUUUCCCUGAUAUUGGUUCUAUUCCUAAUUGUUGACUUCAGUCGUUUAACAAAUUAUAGAUCAUCAUCGUCGUCAUCAUCAUCGUUUGUGGUACAAGCGUCCACCACUAAAUUAGAGUUACAACAACAAGAACAGCAGCAACAAACACAAAUACAGCACACGAAAAAUCAUGAAAUUAAUAAGAAUGAUUUAAAAACAACAUCAUGUAUUUCAACACUGGCUAAUGAUCCGUCGAGCCUACUAAAGCAGCAACAACUACACCACAAGCAGCAGCACCAACAGCAACUACAACACACUAAAGAGAGUUUGGGAUUUUUAGAGAAAUUUUUCCAACAUCCUUUGGCUGCUAUUGGUAUAGGCAAAGAUGACGGCGGCUCAUCGGCCGACACCAUAACUGAUGAUAUAGAAGAUAGAGAUAUUUUAUCUGAUUAUCAAGAUGAUAUUAUAGGUUUCAAUACACCCCCAGCGGGUGUGGCUGAAAAAGACAAUGUCUUUAAAUUAUUUUGUGAAAACACUUCGAUACCCAACGUAAAUGAAGAGCUAAAAGCUAAAAAAUACAUUAAAUACGCUCACAUAACACUGCACCAUUGCUACGAAGGUUCCCAGUCAGCCGGCCAGCAGGAUGUCUAUUUGCAAAUCCAACAAUUGGAAAGUGUGCACAGCUUACAUUGGACUUCAUCAAGGGUAAAAGAUCAUCAAAUACAAGAUCUCUUUAAUAAUUAUGAAACAAAUUUCGAUAAUUUGGAAUCUUUGGACUUGACGGGCAAUGAAUUAGUUUGCAUAGAAUGGGUGCGGCCGCGGGUGGUAAGGCGUCUAAAGGUACUUAAGCUAACGGGCAAUGACAUCAAUACGGAAUUGUGUGACUUUUCACCACUGCACCAUGCUAACCAUUUGAUUGAAUUACGCUUGGAUAAUAAUCGUAUGCACGUAUUUAAUGGCAAAUUUCUAAGUAAUUUAAGUGAACUGAAAGUUUUAAACAUGACGCAAAAUGUCCUGACCGAUCUUCCGCGCAAUAGUUUCGAUGGGGUCUUCAAACUGCAAAGAUUACAUGUGGCCCACAACAGACUAAAGGCGUUGCCCUUUCAACUGUUUCGCUCUAUGGGCGAUUUACAGAUACUCAAUUUGGCCGACAAUCAACUGUUGUCUUUUCCCGAUAAUUUCUUUGCCUCGAAUGGCGAAAUGCGCAUACUGCAGUUGCAAAGAAAUCAACUGCAAAUGAUCAAUAGAAAUUCCUUUUAUAAUUUACAAAAAUUGUUACAUUUAGAUUUGUCGGAAAAUCAAAUCGCCACUAUUGAUCGAAAGUCAUUCGAUUCGUUAAGUAAUUUAAUAACCCUGAAUUUAUCCUCGAAUUCUUUAACUACAAUCUCCUCCAUACUGUUCCACCCGCUACAGCGUCUGCAACAUUUGGACCUGAGCAAUAAUCGAUUUACCCAACUGCCAAGUGGUGUAUUUAUGCAUCAGAGAAAUUUAAUUUCAUUGCGUCUCGAACAUACGCCCAUUGAAAAGAUAAACAAUUGGUUAUCACGCAAUGACAACACAUACGUUGAUCCCUCGGUCCUAAAACAUUUAACUUAUCUGUCGCUGCAACACAAUCACCAAUUGAAAACGUUGUCCAAGACUUUGUUCUUGAAUGCGCCCAAUUUGAAAAUACUGCUCUUGGCCCACAAUGCUCUGCAACAACUGCCGGCGGAGGUAUCGUCCCUGCAUCAACUGGAACGUCUCAAUGUUGGCCAUAAUAAUCUUUCCUUUUUACCUGAAACUCUAAGUUAUUUGCCUAAUUUACGUAACAUCAAUAUUUUAAAUAAUGAUUAUAUAUGUGACUGUAAACUCUACUGGUUGGCUUCGUGGUUGACAUCCACCAACACUAGUCUCCGGAUGCACAGACGUUCGGUGAACUCUUUCUCCCUGAUUGAAAAUCACAAUGAGUUUUCGUCGUCCGAAAAAUCGGAGGACCUGGACUUGUUGAUUUCAUCGUUGAAAUGUCUGCACGGCUAUCCGGGUGACAUGAUAACGGUGUUGAAAAGUUUAAAUUGUACAACGCCGCGUCUGCAAAGUUCGACGUCUGUUAAAAUGCAUGAAUUACAUUCGACUGCCAAGUUGGACUGUUUAUUUUCGGGCAGUCCUUCACCAGAUGUUAUAUGGGUAACGCCAACAAAUAAAAUUCUACGUUAUCAUGCCGAUCCCGAUAAACGUCCAAUAAUAAUCAAUCACAACGACAAAGAAUUGGGUAAAUUUCAAUUUAACAAACUGACCGGAGAUGAGACAACACUGAAUGUUAGUCUGCAACGGCCAGAUGCCAAAGAGCGUGUGGCAUUGAUAGAGAAUGGUUCGCUGUUGGUCAGCAACAUAACGAGACGUGAUAGUGGCCUUUAUACAUGUUAUGCUUACAAUGUUAUGGGAAAUGCUUCAGCAUUUAUAAGACUACAAAUAGAUCCUAUUGUUUUUUAUCGCGUUAAAAUUGGUAGUUUAUUAUCGGGUAUAGCGGCGGCUACAUCAUUUUUAUUAUUAACCUUAAUUGUGCAAGGAUUAAGAGCCAUAAUCAAUAAAUAUCGUUUUUGUGAUAAAUUCUUCUGUUGUGCAUCUCGUAGCAAACGUUCACCUAGAUCGAAACAAAUUUACGCUAUGCUCGACAGCAUAGAGACCUAUAAGAGUCAACAGUUGGAAAAGCUCAGAGAAAAUUACGCCCAACAAGUUCAUCGUAUACGUGAAAAUUGCACACAACAAGUGGAAUGGAUACAAAGUAGUUACACAUCUCAGGCGAAACAUUUAAAAGAAUUCCGUGAUAUUGGUUCAAAUCAUUUAACAUCACUUAAAGAUCAGUAUUAUGAUCAGGUGAAAAAGGUUCGUGACUACUCGACUGGCCAAUUGAAUUGGGUACGUGAGAAUUAUGUCUUCCAACGCAAUAAAAUACGUAAAUUUAGUACCCAUCAAGUGUUGCGUUUGCGCGAAGGCUACAAAUAUCAACAACAAAGCCUUAAUAAAGUUUUAGAAAAUUUACCCAGCUUUUAUUUUGAAAAUUGUCGUGGCCGUGGCGAAGAAGAUUUUGCGGAAGACAUUGAUUUUUACUUCAAACAAAAAAUGGCGUCCACAGAUCCACACCUGCACUAUCAUUUCCGCUAUGCGAAUCAUAGUCAUCCCCUUGCGUCCUUACACAAUUCAUUCAAUUCCAAAGAUGUCAAAGAUUUACAACUACUUAAAACCAAACUAAUGGCAGCCAAUAAUUCAGCAAGCAAAGCUUCCAUAUACUAUACACCACCGGAGGAAGAAGACAGCCUAAGACACUCCCAAUUGAAUUUACAAACAUCUCCCAUACACAUCAACUACAUCAAUGAGAAUCUCGAACAUAAAAAACUAGAAAUGCUGGACUUUAAAAUGCAUCCCAGAUCGUUUUUACUCAAUACUCCCAUACAUUUGGAAAGUCCCACCACCAUUAAUAACUUGGAAAGUAUGGAUGAUACGACACAAGCUUUGAAUCAAUUGAAAAUCACAGCAGAACAUCCAAUUGGUGCCGGCAGUAUAGAGGAUAAUCAUUAUGCAGCUACAAUGGCAGAUAAAUUUGCGUCAGCAAGUGGCAGUAAUAGCAAACAAAGACAUUCAUCAUUUUACGAAGAUUGUGCAACUGGUGAUAGUAAUAUAGAACUAAAUGAAAUUCAUGAUUACAAGGAUACAAAUGAUGUUAAAAAUUCCAAAUCCUGUCCGGUCAUUUAUAAAGUUUCUAAACAAAACGAUGGCACUACCGUUCAUGAACUACUCAGUGAAGAUUUGCGUUUGCGUUUAAAUAAACCCUCUCAAGAGACCCAGCAACAAGAGACACCUUUACACCAUAAACCCCUAAAAGAAACAGAAAAACUCAAUAUAAUUUUAGAUGAAAAUGGUAAAUCUAAAUUAUAUGAUGUCUCGGUGGCAGCUGCAUCAAAAUCUGAAAACAAUAAAAAAGACAUGACGACAACAUCUAAUGCCAGCAACAAAUUUGAUUUGUCACUGCAGCCAUUAUCUACUUUGACAACAGCAGCAGCAGCGUAUGAUCAUCCCCUUAGAAAAGAUUAUGAUAGUUUCAACUAUAGAGAUGAUUUACCCUCAACUUCGGCCUCAGCAUCUGCCUCCAUUGCCUCAUCCCUAACAUCCCCCUCGUCUCCAUCAGCACCCUCAUCGCCCACUUCAACGUCUUGUAAUGAAGAUUAGUGUAGCUGUUUAGUAUAAUUUUUGCAGAUUACAGUAAGAUUAGAGAGAUUUUUUCGGUUUUUUUGUUGUGUUGUCUUUUAAAUCAUUAUUUUUUCAAACUAUCUUUAAGAGAAAUGCAAGUAAAAGAUUUUUUAAAACCAAUGGACAUUAAUGGAAAUAUACACACAUAUAAAAAAAUAUAUUGUUUAAAAAUUAUUAAAAGUAUAAAAAAUAAAACUUAGUGAAUGAAAACAAAAAACAAAUCAAACAAUACUAAAAAUAUAUACCUACAUUAUUAUCUUUUAUGCUGCAUAUAAAAUAAAUAAAUAAAUAUAAAAACGGCAAGUAAAAUAAAUGUUUUAACUUCCUGUGUCGUAUUUAAAACAGUACAUUAAUUAGUUUUGAAAGUAGAUUUUAAUAAUCACAAGUAUAAAACAAAAAAACAUCAGCUGUUAACCCAAACAAAUUAAUUUGGAAAAUUAACUAAAAUUAAACUAGAAGAAAAACCAAAAUUUGUUAGUAAUUCUUUCUUGGCACGUAGCCUUGGCAAAGAAAGUUAGUUACACCUACAUACAUGCAUAUAAAACAAAAUAUUUAUAAAAUAUAAUAAUUUUGUUAGAUAUUUCCAUUUAGUAAUGGAAAUUGCUGCAGGUUCAUUUAUUAAAACAACAAACAUUUUUUAACAAAAAAAAAAUUAAUAAAUAAAAAAAUCAACAUUAUGGAAAACAAUCUCAUAAUCAUUAAACAAAAUAUAUCAUUGUGAUUUUUAAAUAAACCUCCCCUGUUUUAAAGUAAAAUACAAAAAAUUAAUAAAAAAAAACCUUAUAAACAUACAUAAGUACAUAAAUAAGUGAUGUGUUUAAUGAAUUAAAAAAUAAAAAACCUAAAUAAAUCAAUACAAAAAUUAUAUAAAACGAAUAGAAUUCAUUGAAAAUUUAUAAAGGCAAAUUAAAUAUUCUAACGAAGCUAAAUAUUAAAAAAAAUGGCAAAAGAACAUUAUUAAUACAAAAAGAAAUGUAUAACAUGUGUCUGAUAAGAAAUUUAAAACAACAAUAAAGAAAGUAAAUUAUUUCACAUUUCAAAAAACAUUUUAAAAACAAUCAAAA